GAUGGCAGACUAGCCCUGGAGCUGUUUUGCAUGUUUUGGCUGCUUCGGCAUGCACGCUUUGGCAUAGCACUAGCAGUGCAGGUAUGAAUCGCGUUCUCCCUGCCCCCCGUACGGACAGUAUGUCGCUUUUAGAUAGCGUGAAUGAGUUGAUGAACACAGCGCCAGCGCUCGUGGAUCCGGAAGAUGACAUUCACGAAGAUACAAAGGCAAGGCUGGUGAACAAAUGCACUCUUGAUUAUGAGGAGGUCGUGGCUCAAAAGCCGAGGCCUCGAAGGCAGCCUCAAGUCAUACUGGGGGAUCGCUAUGCAGGAAAAAGGGUGUCCAGGAAGGAUCUGGAUGAGGAUGGCUUUGACAGUGACGAUGAAAACUUGCAAGGCAGUGAAGUUGAUGAUGAUGACAGCAUGUCAGAUUUGGGCAUUGGUGGCAACAAAGAUAGACUGGAAAAUUCAACGGAUGAGGAGCCAUCUGAAUCUGAAGGGGAUGAGGAGGAGGACGAAGGCAGUGGAGAUCACACUCUCCUUGCAACCGCCACCUCUAACCAGAAGGAAAGCUCCAAGCCUGCGGGGAUGGACAACUUUUCAACUGUGGACGUUGCAGCUGAAGUGAAGAAGGGAAAAGCAGUCCAUUCCCAAUUGCAGAUCUGGGACAGUGUUUUAGAGGUAAGGAUCCAGUUGCAGAAGCUGCUUAUGCUGGCAAACCACUUUCCAAAGCACGAACAGCAUUCCCUGUUUCGGUCGGCGGCUCUGGAGCAAGACAAGAAGAACGGCAACCUCAUUGGCCAAGCCAAGAGCAGCGUUGAAUUAGUCAUGCACCAGCUCCUUACCCUUCAGGAGCGCCUCAGGGAUUCGUACCCAGAGAUUCAAAGCAUCUUCUCAAAUGUCGCUGACAAGGAAAGAAAUGGCGAAGGUGAAAUUGACCCCGAAAAUGAAGAAAUUCCCAGUGACACCGAAGCCGAGGAGAGCUUGGACGAGAGUGAAGCCGAGCCACCUGAAGCCAGUCCUGGCAAGAGGAAGGCUGGCAAACAAGUACAUCCCGAUAAACCAACAAAGUGUCGUAAAAUGGACGCCUGCAUUGCAUCGGCUGCAGAAUUCUGGAAGAAGUUCGAGCCUUACAGGAACGCCACCAUCGAAAAGUGGUACGAGAGGACACGGCUGCUGUCUGGAAAAGUUGGCCGUAGUUUUGCCUCCCUCGAGCAGUCUCCGGUCAAGCAGAUUGAGCAUAUCCUCAUGGAUGAAGAACGACUGCUUCGCAGGACACAAACCAAGCGCUCCUCGUACAAAAUUCUUGGUGCUCAAGAGUCGACGAACGAUGAGCAGGAGCAGAAGUCUGGCACUGUGGAUGAAGAAGUUUUUGAUGAUGAUGAUUUCUAUCAUCAUCUUCUUCGGGAGAUCAUUGAGCGAAAGAGCUCCAACAUUGACAACCCCGUUGCCCUAAGCAGGCAGUGGCUGGAGAUCCAGAAGCUCCGGAAGAAGGUGAAGCGGAAAGUGGACACGCGGGCAAGCAAAGGCCGCAAGAUUCGGUAUGACGUCAUUCCAAAGCUCGUCAACUUCAUGGCACCUCUAGAUAGAUCAACAUAUUCUGAAGAGGCCAGGACGGAGCUGUUUUCAAGCUUGUUUGGACAGAAGAAAUAUGUGGGAUAAAGGGACUGUAAAAAUAAAUGAAUAA